AGCUUCUCAAUCAAAAGGCGGGUUUAAGGUGACCAUGGUUUGGCUUUCCUUAUAAGCCAAAGUAAAGCCAUCUCAGGAAGUCACAGAGAUUCUGAUUUAUAAAAUUGACCAAAGCAAGUAAAGAGGGAGACCCAGAAACCAAACAGUCGACGAUUACAAGAUGAGGAUCACUGUCAUGACCGCCGGUGAACAAAUCAUCACUCUCGAUGUCGAUUCUCAGGAGACUGUUGAGAAUGUUAAAGCUUUGCUCGAGGUUGAGUCCAAUGUUCCGAUUCAGCAGCAGCAGCUGUUGUAUAAUGGAAACGAGAUGGGGAAUUCCGAUAAAUUGAGUGCCUUGGGCGUUAAGGAUGAUGAUUUAUUGAUGAUGAUGGUUUCCAAUGCCUCAUCUGGUAGUGCCACUAGUGCGGCGGGGAGUGAUUUGGGCAUGAAUCCUGAUGGGUCAGCUUUGAACCCUGCAGCCUUUCAACAACACAUUCGUGGGGAUUCUAAUCUUAUGGGACAGCUAUUUCAGAAUGAUCCUGAGCUUGCACAAGUCAUUUCUGGAAGCGAUUUAAAUAAGUUACAGGAUGUUUUGCGCGCUCGGCAUCGUCAGCGAUCUGUUUUACAGCGUCAGAAGGAAGAGGAACUUGCUCUUCUGUAUGCAGAUCCUUUUGAUGUUGAAGCACAGAAGAAAAUUGAAGCUGCAAUUCGACAGAAAGGAAUUGAUGAGAACUGGGAAGCUGCCCUUGAACAUAAUCCUGAAGGUUUUGCUCGGGUGAUAAUGCUGUAUGUGGAUAUGGAGGUCAAUGGCGUACCUUUGAAGGCUUUUGUUGAUAGUGGUGCACAGUCGACAAUUAUAUCCAAGAGUUGUGCUGAGAGAUGCGGAUUGCUGAGACUUAUGGAUCAACGCUAUAAAGGUAUUGCCCAUGGUGUUGGCCAGUCAGAGAUAUUGGGCCGCAUUCAUGUUGCUCCUAUCAAGAUUGGAAAUAACUUUUACCCGUGUUCAUUCGUGGUGCUGGACUCACCUAACAUGGAAUUUCUAUUUGGCCUGGAUAUGCUGCGUAAGCAUCAGUGCACUAUAGAUUUAAAGGAAAACGUCAUGACUGUUGGAGGAGGAGAGGUCUCGGUUCCCUUUUUGCAAGAGAAAGACAUCCCUUCCCGAUUUCUGGAUGAAGAACGUGUUCUGAAUGAUGCAUCUAGCUCUGGAGCAACGGUUCCAUCUGGGUUUACAGAGAAGAAGAAUAAUAACACGGUUGCAAACCCAACGAGUCAACAACCGAAAAGGCAGAACACAUCAGAGGGACCUGAAUUUGAAGCCAAGAUUGCAAAGCUUGUGGAAUUAGGGUUCUCCCGCGACGCAGUGAUACAAGCUCUUAGAUUGUUUGAAGGAAAUGAAGAACAAGCUGCUGGGUUUCUCUUUGGCGGCUGAAGAUUAAAUUAAACUGGUCCCAUAUACCAGAGGCCAACAAAUUGUGAUUUAAAGAGACUCGUUUUUUCUUGUCUUUUUUUUUUUGUAUUUUAUAGCUCUUCUUUACAAAACAUAGGAAAGGUGUAUCUGCAAGAACAUGUCUUUCAAGUCACCUCUCCAGUUGUUUAUGCUGUCGAAUAAGCAGACUUAAGGAUUUAUAGAAAUGCAAUUCAAGUGUUCUUAUUUCUUUUAA